GUACCCUAAAAAAGACGUUGUCACUAACGAGAUAUGUGGGUCACAAGGGUUGGUUAUUUUAUUUCCGUAUUGGGAACACUUAAUGGCAAGCCCUCCAGCAAUUAAAGGGUAGUCCGUCUCCAUGCGCUUGGAAUAUAAAAAGAGAAUAAAAUCUCCAGUCCACUGAAUAGUCAGCAAAAGAGCACAACUACCAUGGUCUACAAGCUGUUUGAAGGUCUGCUACUGUUUUUCUUGGUGAUUCAUCAAGUGCAGCUGUCAAGUGCCCAGCCAAUAAGUUCUUCCUCUGAUUACCAUGAACAUCAACCUUCUCACAGUUUGAGAUCGAGUGAGAGCAGCCAGGAUAUCUUGAUUAAAGAUCCACCAGCUUACUGCAAUCCGGAACCGCCUCAUCCAAUACCUUCUAGUGAUGCCACUUAGUCGGAUGCCCGUUUUCAACAACCCAGUUGGUUUCGGAUUGGUGAAGAAGAUGUCGUUAAAGAUCUAAGAGCCAGUGAGGAAGAGAAAAAACUCAUUCUAGAUCUUCACAAUCAUCUCAGACGCAAGGUGGCGUCGCAUAGAGAACAACGAGGCUCACCGGGACCCCAACCGCCUGCAAUUUCCAUGCCUAAUUUGAUGUGGGAUGAUUCACUGGCUAAUGCUGCCUCGGAAUGGGCACAGAACCUGCAAUACAAACACGAGCCCGAUCCAGUUAAUUAUGGGCAGAAUUUGCACAUGAGUUUCAGCCAUCAACCCAGGAACACGACAGACUGGGCCAGUGUCAUCAAUGGCAAAGAUGGCUGGUUUGACGAGGUCAAUUACAUGGAUUGUGCUAGCGUCGUAUCUUUCAAGAGUUGCCAGGCAACUAACGGCAAAGUAAUUGGCCAUUAUACGCAAUUAGUUUGGGCUGAAACUACUCACGUCGGUUGUGCAGCCAUCGGAUAUUACGAUGAUUACAAUGGCUAUCCUUUCACGCCCGGACAGCCUUACAAACAGUUCUAUAUCUGCAAUUACAGUCCUCGCGGCAAUGCUCCGAAUAAACCGGUCUACAAAGUGGAUUAUUCUUUAUCUUCUUCAAAUUGCCCCAAUCAGCAUGAAUAAAUGUGAAAUAAAUUGUACAUGAAUGACAAAGAUUGUGU